AUGAUACAGGGAAGAGCAGCUGAGGAAACCAAUCCAAUAGUUCCCAAAUACCAGCAAAAAAAUAUGCCUUUUCAACGUAAAGAUACCCAGACAACUAAUAUAUUCAAGCCGGAAGCUCGAACAAAUGGAAAUAUCAAUUCUUUUCGAACGGAUAUAGCUAUAUCUGGUGGAAAAAUUCAGGGUGAACGAGUAUUGCAAAGGUGGACUUCAGACACACCGACAGACGGUGGUGGUCUUCUCGAAACACCCAGAAAUAAGACUACAGGAGCUUGGGAUCAAUUUGCAGAAAAUAAACGACUUUUUGGCCUCACAACAGACUACAAUGAGAAUAUUUACACAACAUCAAUCGACCGAGCACAUCCACAAUACAAGCAACGAGUCGCUGAAGCUAACAAGAAAGCUAAAGAAAUUGAGCGCAGUGUUACAACUAAUCCUCAUGUUGCCGAAGAGCGAAUUUUAGAUAACAUUGAUAGUGCUGAAAAUGGCAUUGACGAAGAGGACAAAUACAGAUAUAGUGGUGUUCAACGGCCGCACAAUUUUCCUGCACUUCCAAUCUCAAGUGGUAAUAAAUAUAUGCCACCCGGUAGGCGGGCUGCUGUAAUGAAGGCUCCUAGCAGCAAUGUACCUGUUGAUCCUGCAAUCAUAUCGUCUCAACUUGCGCGUCACGACAAAAUAACAACUGAGAAACCAGAUGCUCAAGCUGUGCCGAUAAAAACUUCCAGAUCUGAUAUUAUAUCGCCCAAGCCAGCACAAACUACCAGCAUGACACCAGAGAAUAAAACCCAGGUCACGCCUCCUUCAAAUUCAAGUCGUAAUUCUACACCGUUUAUUAAUUUAGAAGGAGUAGUUCCCAAUGCUACUGCGACCGUUGAGCGCGAUGUUGCAAGUGCUUUCAAGAACUUUGCCUCGCAGCAACGAAAAAACGUUGAUCAGAUCAGAAUAUCCAGGGCUAAAAACGACAAAGAAGUCAAACUGAAUGACCUGAAAGCUUUUGCCAACAAUUUUAAGCUUCACACCCCUGUUCCUUCUGAUUUGGUCCCUAUUAUAGCAAAAGAUCCGAAGAAGCAAAGAGAAAUUCAAGCAAAAGCACAGCGAAAUGCUGAAGAAGCUGAAUCCAGUAAAACAAGCAAUUCUGACUCUACAAAACCAACAGUAUCUAUAUCUGAAGCGAGAAAUAUAGGUAGACCUACUCCUUCAUCACAUGGGUCUUCCCCCUCAAAUGUACCAAGCCGACCAAAUAAUGGCCGUAACCUUAGCUUUGCUCAACAAAGUCCCCUCAGAGGUACACCCCAAAAAUCUUUGUACCAAAACCGAGUGAAUUUUGGAAAUCGACUACGAGGGUUAGAAAAUAAAUUAGGCCAGCUCCCUAGCAGCACAGUAUCCACCCAUGAUAUAAAACCUCCAAACGGUCCUUCGACCCACAAAGAACUCUCAACUAGGCCGAUGAUUAAUCCAAGUAUACAUGCAGCCCGUUUGAAUCCGAACAGCACUGAGUUUCAUCCAAGCCCACACUCUACACCGUUUCAUCCAAGUAAUGGAUCUAUCCCCCGGCCAGCAGUUAAUGGAAAUCUCUCCUCCCCAGUGACUUGCUCAGUUCUUCGUCGCAAACCUGUUGACCUGGAGGAGAGACCUUCAAUAUUGGGUCACUUUGAUGCACUAAGUCACAUUAAGAGUCUUAGACCACCUACAGGAAGAGAGAUGGCUUGGAAAGCAACGGGUGGCAUAAGACCAGCCUAUGAUACGCCGCCAGUAUGGAAGCAGGCAACACAAGAUGAUAAACAGGGCUCUUCUAUAAGACUCACUUACCAACAGCUACUAAACACAUCGUCCAGUUCUUCACAUGCCAUAUCAUCCCCCAAUCCGAUGCACGUCUACUCCCAGGCUGCUCAUCAUCAACACAUUCCGAUUCGUCUCCAGCAAGGAUCCCAUAAUUUGACAGCACGUCAAUCUCCGCGCCAGGAGCAUCUUGGCCUUCACGGAAACUCUCCUGGACAGGCUCAAACAUUUAGUACUGGGCCAGAAGACCAUCGUAUGGUAAUAUCUCAUUCAGCGCAGUCCUUCGCGUCUCCUCGUCUCCAGAAUAUACCAAUGGCCUAUCAAUCCCCGAUCAAUCAAAGCGCACAUCUUGCAUAUAAUCCUCAGGUGAUGCAAUUCGGAGGUGCGCCCCCGAUGCAGCCUAGCUUCCGGUCACUUUCCAACAGUCAUCAGUUCCUCCCCCAACAGAACCCAAUGGGCCAGAUGAUUAUACCUAGUCCAUCUGGAGCUUUUAUAUCCUCACAAGCUAUGACACCUGGCCCUCAAAUGAUAUUUCAAGGAAACCAGCCACCAUCUUUUAUACCAGUAACGAAUGGGCACCCUCCUCCGAUUCCUAGUGUGAAUAGUUACCCGAGUCCAGGGAGAGCUGCACCCAUGAUGGUUAGCCAAGGCUCACAGCAAUCUCAUCAACCACCAAUAUAUGGGAUAAAUCCCUCUAUGAGUUCAGGACACAGUUACGGUAGUCCGAUGUUUGUACAACCACCGCCCCCAGUUCAGAUGCCUAUACGACCCUUCAUCGGCCCCAGUAAUCAAACCUAUGGUGCUGGGCCGCAGCAACUGCACCAAUUUGGAAGCCAGGGUCGUAGAAAUAAUCACACAAAUAGUAAUUACACCCCUAACAAAAGUUUUCAUAAUCCUCAGUCUCAAAGCGGAGCCAGCAACAAACAGGCUUCUUCAGGAUCACAACCACGAGGAUCUGAUAGCAAUGAUGAAGCCAAAUGA